GUUGACGUAUGUUACGUCUGGCCUGAAUUGCCGGCGGCAAUAAAUUUUGAAAAAUUAAAGAUAUUUGACGUGUUUCUAAGAUUGAGAGUGGAAUUCUCAUGGCUGUUCACACCUGUACCGCAUUGGCACCUGUAAAUAUUGCUGUGAUCAAAUAUUGGGGAAAGAAAAAUGAAGACCUUAUACUGCCAGUAAAUGAUUCCAUUAGUCUCACAUUGUCUAAAAAAAAGAUGUGUGCUAAAACUACAGUUGCUUGUUCGCCAACAUUUGAAAGUGAUAGAAUAUGGUUGAAUGGAAUAGAACAAGACUUUCAAAGCCCACGAAUUCAAAAUUGUAUCCGUGAAAUUAAGCGCCUGGCAAGAAAGAAAGACUACUUGAGCUAUCACUUGCAUAUUUGUUCGGAAAAUAAUUUCCCAACCGCUGCUGGGCUGGCAUCAUCUGCUGCGGGAUUUGCUUGUUUAGUUAAAGCACUUGCUGUUCUGUAUGAUGUAGAUGAUGAAUUGUCUAAAAUAGCAAGACAAGGAUCUGGAAGUGCAUGCCGAAGUAUCUAUGGUGGUUUCGUGCAAUGGUUGUCUGGAAAUCAAAAUGAUGGAUCUGAUUCCAUAGCAAAACAGAUUGCUCCUAAAGAACAUUGGCCGGAAAUGAGAGUUAUGAUUCUAGUUGUUAAUUCUAAGAAAAAAGGAACCAGCAGUACUAAUGGCAUGAGAAAUAGUGUUUUAACCAGCAGUUUGUUGAAACACAGAGUAACUGAAGUAGUUCCUCAACGUGUUCAGACUUUGAAUUCUGCAAUUCUGCAAAAAAAUUUUCAAACGUUUGCUGAAAUUGCUAUGAAAGAAAGUAAUCAGUUUCAUGCAAUAUGCCUUGAUACUUAUCCACCAAUUCAUUAUUUGAACUCCACAUCUUUCAUGAUAAUAGAACUAGUCCAUGCUUAUAAUGAGUUAUAUAAGAAAAACAAGCUUGCAUAUACAUUUGAUGCUGGUUGCAAUGCUUUCUUAUUUAUGUUAGAAGAAGAUGUACCUGAAAUAUGUGCCCUCAUAAAAGCUGCAUUUCCUCCAAUAGAUGACAAUGGGAACUUUAUUAAAGGAUUCAUAGAUUCCAGCUUUGAAGUACCACUUGACACUUUCAAAAAACUGAACAUUGCUCCUCAUCCUGGAUUAUUGCAACAUGUUAUUUAUACCCAGGUUGGUAGUGGUCCAGCAAUAAUUAGUGAGCAUUUAUUGAAUGAAAAAGGACUGCCUUUGUAAAAAAUAUCUUUGAAGCAAAGUGUUUUGCCAACUUGUUAUCUUAUUAAUUUUUAUAACAGUAUUUAUAUUUAUACACCUUUAUAUAUAUAGAUAAGUAUGCUUGUUAAAG